AAAUAAAAUCAAAAGUUAUAAUUUCUCUUAUCAAAUUGUCAGUUGUGCGUUCUUCAAUGGAUUGAUCAUCCGUAUUAGCUUCGAAUCCAUGACUUUUCUAUUUUUUGAAAAAUAUUUUACGAUGUAUAUAAAUUUUUUCGCUAGCAUUUUCCUUAGACCUUGUUGAAACACCCAUUCUAUAAUCUAUACACUCCUUUUCACCUUAAUCUCUCCAUAUCUCAAUUAUAUGCAUGCAACGCAAGGGUCAAAUGUCACAUUAAGGCUAUACCUACACCAUUAAAUUUAUAAGCCUAAACUGAUUCUUCAAACAUGAUUAUUGGUCGCAUAAGAAUCUUUUUCGUUUUACUUUAUGUUAUGAUCUCCAUUUUUGCCUUUGGUUCUACAUAUCUAUGGCUUAUUGAUUCACUAAUCCUUCCUAUGGAUUCUCUCAAGAAAGAAAAAACUGUGGAAGAAUGGGAAUUUGAAUAAAAAAAAAAAAAAAACUCAUCUGUCAAUCCAAACAUCCCAAUGAUAGGCCAUCAAUCCCACAUCUAAUUGGUACCAUUACAAAAGGAUUCUUUCCCAUGUGUUGCCUUCUUCUCUUUAUACGAUUCUCUAUUCCUUCUCAGCUGCAUUGGAUUCACUGUCUUUGAUAAUUUCCAUCUAUAUAUCAGCUGACCAGUCUAUUACGAAGUAAGCCAACUUAAUUCAACUCAAAAGAGAGAAGAAGAAGAAGAAGAAGAAGAAGAAGAAGAAGAAGAAAAAAUCAAGAUGCCGGUGAGACGCGAUUCCCUCAGGCCUGGUGACCACAUCUAUUCUGAUCGCUGUCUACGUGUCUACUUUCACCAUGGCAUAUAUGUAGGGAAAGCGACUGUGACCAACUCGAGGAACGAAGAAAAAGAAAUAGACGAUGCGGUUAUUCACUUCAUGGGAGUUGGCAAAUCCAAUAACAAAACCCCAUGCGAAAGAUGUGGUCACAGGUCUCGAAGAAUCGGGGUUGUUAUAACCUGCCUCGAGUGCUUCCUCGAAGGUCAAUCACUAUAUGUCUAUGAAUACGAUGUCCCUUACUUGAUGUUGCGUUUAAAGCAAGUGGAACUUGCAGUGUUAAUCCUAGCAGGCCAGCCGAUCAGGUUCUGAAGACAGCAUUUGAUUACCUUAAAGAGGAAAACUUCGGAAAGAAGUAUAAUUUUUUCUUUAACAAUUGUGAGGACUUCGCAACCAAGUGUAAAACUGGGGAGGCAAUGAGCAAUCAAUUUGCUGGCUUGGUUUUUGGAUUUAGUUUAACGGGUGUUCUGGGUUAUAGAGCUGCAAAAAGGAUAUAUGAAGCAAUCACCAAGGACAAAAAGAAAGUUUUAGGGGUUGAGGGCCA